AUGGGUGGUCUGGGAAAAACUAUUCUGGUCAAAGAUAUCUACCAAAACCAAGAGCUCAGUGGCACGUUUGGAAAGCAUGCUUGCGUAACUGUUAUGCGUCCUUUUAAACUUGAAGGCCUUCUUAGGAGCUUAAUUAUGCAACUGGAUAGAGAAUCUUCGGAAAAGAAGGACGCGGUGGGUUUACUGGGCAACACAAAGAACACAUUACUAUUGAUGCCACUUGCUGAUCUGAUGAAGGAGAUGAGAAGGCUUAUAGAAAGAAAGAGGUGCUUCAUUGUUCUCGAUGAUGUUUCGUCUACUACAGAGUGGAGCAUGAUAAUACCAAUUUUCCAUGGAAUGGAAUAUACAAGUCGGAUCAUUGUCACCACAAGGGAAGAAAAUAUUGCUAAACUUUGUUCUGGGAGACAAGAAGACAUAUAUAUGCUCAAAGAUCUAGAACACUGUGAUGCAUGUGAUCUCUUCACUAAAAAGGUAUUCAAGAAGACUAUAGAUUUGAAUAUGCAAUAUCCUGCACUAGUUGAACAGGCAGAACUGAUCGUAAGGAAGUGCAGAUGA